AGGUAGAAUUUUGUAAAUUAAUCAUUUUGUUAUAUAUUUUAUACGUAGUUUCUUAAAAUAUAAUAUUUUUAUAAUGCGUGUACUCAAUUAAUCAUUCAAGAACUUUAUUCGUUCGAUUGAUAUAAGUGCAAAAGUGAUAAUAUAAUAUUAAAAUGUCUGAGAUUAAUAUCGAGCAGGAAUAUCAUGAAAUAAAUAAUAAACGUGCUUGGCUGUCCGUCUAUCAGGCGUUGGGAGAAUCUGCUCUCAGAAAUAGAUAUAGGGAUGUAAAUCCUUAUGACCAUUCAAGAGUCAUACUAAAUAGAGGGGACACAGAUUAUAUAAAUGCUAAUAUAGUGAAGCAUGAUGGUGCUAAACGUAGUUAUAUUCUUACACAAGGACCCCUACCAAAUACAGUUGGUCAUUUUUGGCUUAUGGUUUGGGAACAAAAUACCAAAGCAAUCAUUAUGUUAAAUAAAAUAGUUGAAAAAAAUGUUGCAAAGUGCCAUAUGUACUGGCCAAGUAAAACUGGACCUGAAAACGCUUUAACAAUGGAUGAUGUUAACUUGAAAUUGGAAUAUGUUCAGCAGGAAGAUUGCACAUACUAUACAAAGAGAAUAUUUAAAUUAACCGAUCUAGAAAGUGAUAUAUCUCGCAACAUUUUACACUUUCAUUAUACCACUUGGCCAGAUUUUGGAGUCCCUAGUUCUCCAAAGGCAUUUUUAGAGUUUUUAAAAAGUGUAAGAGAGUCAGGGGCCCUUGAUGAUCCUGCUUGUCCUCCAGUAAUUCACUGUAGUGCAGGCAUUGGCAGGUCAGGGACAUUCUGUCUAGUGGAUGUGUGCCUGGUUCUGAUUGAGCAAAAUGAUAACAGCACCGACUUAAAUGUUCAAGAGAUUUUGCUGGGCUUACGACAUUACAGAACUGGACUCAUUCAGACAGCUGAUCAACUUAGAUUUUCAUAUGAAGCGAUAAUCGAUGCAGUAAGGAAAUUGCGCGGCGAGGAUCCGAACUCUGAUUACGAAGAAGUCCCUGCUGCAUCAGAUUACCCAUCGAACGAUCGCAAAAAAGCGUCGUCCGAGUCUGACGGCAGCAGCAGCAGCGAUGACGAGCAGCCCCCUCCUCUGCCCCCGCCCCGAGGGGAGAGUCUCCAUCAGCAGCAGCUCAACGGACAGCGGUCCCUCAGCCAGCUUUCUGCUCGAGAAAUUGCAGAAAGAUUUAUAACAGAAGCUUUCUCUGACCAACUCAAAGACGCCUCCGAAUACCUGAUAAACUUUGAGGGCAAAGGUUCACCAGGCGAUAAGUUUUCAGGAAAACCAUUGCCCGCUAUACCUAUCAGUGAAAGCAUGGAUGAGUUGAUGAUCGAUUCUAAAUAUUUUGCUAAAGACAACCCCAAUGAAGAAAACUGCCCUAUUGGAAAACCUCUACCGCUUCCGCCUAGACUCUCACCAACUGAUGAUGAAGAAUACAUAAUAAUGAAUGGACAACCUAUUAUUUCUAAAAUUGAAUUGAAUGAAUCUGAAAAAGAUGUUAUAGCUAUGAAUAAUUGCAAUAAGAUAAUCACAGAAGAUACUUCUGAUAAGUUGAUUGAAGCUAUGGAUGAUGUGAGCGACAUUGUGAAAUUAGAUAAAAGUCCAUUAUGCAGUCCUGAUAGUGAAACAGAUAAAUCAUCCCUGAGACGUCGGGUUCGUCUUGAGAGACAAACCGUGCUGGCGGAAAAGGUUCGCGACAUGAAGCGCAAGCAGCAGGAGUCUGAGCGCAGGGCUAACAGCAAAAGGUUUUUUUUGCCUAUAGGCUUAGGACUCGGCGGUUUGUGUUUACUAGGCGGUGCUUUAUAUUAUUAUUUUAGGACUGUUUAAUUAUUCUUAACAUUUAUAUAAUCGUUCAUAUUUUGACGAUAUUUAUUUCUGGAUGAGAUCACUAUCUCACAUAUAUACAUAUAUUUACAUAAUAGUUACAAGGAUGUCUAUGUUUAACAGUUUAAUCACUUAUUUAAUCGCACCGAUCACGCUAUGAAAUUUCUUUAAAUUUUAUUGAUAUGUUUUAUAAAAUAAAGAUUUAUAGA